GGUUUUCAGAUACUAUAUAAAGCCAAGCAUACGUAUUAAUAAAGUCAUUCGCAAUUCUCUUCGCUGGACAAGAUGGUACUCCACGCAUUUAUUGUACUCAGUAUCGUAAUGUUUGGAUUGUGUGCGACGGAAAAACUCGAUCUAUCUGUGUCUACUUGCAAACGCAAUUCAAGUCAUUACAAUUCCUGCUUAAAACGCGCUAUUAAUGAAGCAUGGCCACUUUUUGUAAAAGGCCUUCCUGCGGAAUUCGAAUUUCCACCUUUGGACCCAUUCUUUUACAAUUAUGAAAGAGUUGUAGUUGAUAGUGGUGAAAUACACGCAGAAGUAAUCGUGUCAAAUAUCACUGUUGAGGGUUUAAAGGAUUUACGUGUUGUGGCUGUGAAACCGCAUUUCAGUAAUGACUCCUUCCGUUUAGUGUUUAACACAUACAUACCAAAAUUACUUGUUGAAGGUGUUAUAAAAGCCAAAGGUGCUAUAGGCGGAUUCAGAAUGGGCGGUGAAGGAUACUUUAAUAUGUCUAUCGAAGAUACUAGAACACCGUGGAACAUAUUUGGCCCCGUAAAAAAUGACACGUGGAUUAUAGAACAUUUUCUUGUAUCUCCGAUGGUUAAAAAUUUCAAGGUAUAUCUACAUAAUUUGUUUGAAGGCAACCAAGAAAUAAAUGAACUCGCUGUGACGUUCGUCAAUGAAUAUUGGCCGUUGCUAAUGCGUUUAACGAUGCCGACAGCGAUCGAAAUGUGGGACAGGGCUCAUAGUGCAGACCUUACUCGCUUAUUCGCAAAGCUAUCUUUCUCGAAAUUAUUUCCGUAAAGUUCGAACGUUUAAUUAAAUACUAAGAAAUAUUAUGUUAGACUUAGAAUUAAAAGAUAAUGUUCAAUUUAUAUUAUAUACAACAAAUAAUUCUUGAGUACUUUGUAUAUCAUGUAUGCAAUUCUUCAUCACACGUCAAUUUCAUUUAAAAAAAACUACAAGAUAUUUUGAAAAAUAAAAUUAAAAGAAUAUAUCUGUAUUUCUCCAUUCAAAUAACUUUAGAAUCUGAAGUUCUCACGAAUCACGAUUUGUGAUUAAGUAUUCAUAUUUGCGAAAUCAGCGAAUAGUUGUAUCUUUCAUUGGACGUUAAUGAUCGGACGAAUGAAAAUUUUACGAUAUUUUGAAUAUCGAAAUUUAUAUUUAUUUGAUAGAGUUGGUAAGAUAUUUAAAUAUGUUACACAAUAUUUGCGUAAAAGGCGCAAAGUGCUUUGUUGUUAAAAUAUAUAACAGAAUUGUAUAAACACA